AUGUCAAUGCAUACCACUCUUCGCCGUACCGCGGCCACGAUAUCGAGCUCAACCUCAACCAUCCUUCCGUCCCGAGUACCAGGCUCUCAACCCAAUGCCAUAACCUUCGUCUGCUCCCAAUGCCGUCAUGCUACCCUUCUCCGUCGCCCGAAGCGCCCAUACACCUUCACUCAACUCAUCACUCUCUCUGACGGCAGCGCCUUCACUCACCGCACUACUUCCCCGGCUCCCGUCUACCGAUCUACACGUGACACGCGCAAUUCGCUGCUUUGGAACCCUUCCAGCAGCAAACUGAUGAAUGUUGAAGAAGAUGAGGCCGGUCGACUCGCGGCUUUCCGUGCGCGCUUCGGUCGCAGCUGGGAUGCCAAUGCUCCAGCGGAGGCCGCUUCAGCCACCGAACCACAGGACGCUGCGACUAAGAAGGCCGAAGAGGAAGCAGCCAAAGCCCAGGCGCUGGCUGAUCAGGAGGAGGAAGAUAAUCUGCUGGAUCUCAUCAGCUCUUUCAGCCAGGAACAGAGCACGGCCCCUUCGAAGAAGAAGAAAUAG